AUGCGCUCCACGCUUGUUAUCCUGGCUUUGUCCACAAGUACCAACUGCAAGGCCAUGAACCUCUUUCUCACGUUGGAGGCGCUGGUGUGGAUGACUACUGAGGCCGGCAGCCCCAAGAGCUCCCUUGUGUUCCCACAGAAGAUUAAGAUUACUCUCCUGGUGUGUAAAAAGACAGGGGUGCCCAUGUUCCUCAAAGACUCCGAUCAAGUGUGUCUGACGGAGUCGGCUUUCCUAAGCAUCCCCUCACCUUGUCUGGGGGCAGCAGUGGGGGACUGGGACAUAGACAGGAGGAGAACUGGAGAAAAGACUAUACCGGGAAAUCACCAGGAGGAGAAUGACAAGGAAGAAGAGCAAGGAAGAGCCUCCAGCUCUCCGGGGAGCCGAGGGCUGGCAGAUUACCUUAAUGAAAGGUUCAAUAAGCCAUAUUCAGUGGCUUCAGAAUCAUUUCUCCCUGAGCGAAGGAAAUCAAAAGGAAAACAGGAACAAACUAAUGCCAAUACAAAAUCGAAGAAAGCCCGGCUCAUAUCGUUCGACUGGGCAGAACCUGAAGAGCCUGAUGCCAUAAAACAAAUUUUGAGGCUAAGAGAAAAGCUUGAGUGGGAAACGCCGGUAUUUCCACGUUAUAUGAAGUAUCAUCCCAGAACUCAUGUUCCAAAGUACAGUCUAAAGGAACCUCUGAAAGAUGAUGGUGAGUUCGUAUACUGCCUUCCUCUGGAGAACAGCAAAGGCAUUUUCAAUGAGUAUGAUCUUCAAGCAGUCUCUGCCUACAGAGCUAAAAAUUGCAAAGAAUUUUGGAUGGUUAGCGCUUCAUAUGUCUCAAAGGUCACUAAAGUAGACCCCAACGUGGAAGAAGUGGAACUUAUGCCUACUCUGGACUGGCUUUCAGAAAGACAUUGCUUCUAUCUGCUGCAGGAAUUUAAGAUCUUUUCCAACUUCCGGAUAAACAAAGCUUUUGUUACUUGGAAAUUGAAUGUUAAAAGACUUAAGACUGAAAAGAGCAGAUCGUACUUGUACAGCCACCUUUUUUGUGCUGAUGAAUUAUCUCAAAGCUGUUUGCUUUAUGUAAAAGGACUCUUUGAAGAUGCCGUGAGUCUCAAGAACAACCACCAAAACAAUCCGUCAGCCAUAUUCCUUAUCAAGCUGGACACUUGCCGAACAUACACUCUGGAAGCAUUUUGUGAAGAGCAGUUACAGCAAGCCGCCCACGCAGUGGCACAACUUGAGGAGAUCAAGAGCAAAGCAAUUGCAAAGAUAAAGAGUACACUCUUGAAGGUUGCAGAAAAAAAAGAUGUUAAAGAAUACUUUGAGGAAGACCCAUGUGAUGUUGACACAAUGCAUUUCAAGCUGCCCCAGUAUCGGUGUUUAUUAGAAACCAAUUUCAAGUUUUUACGGCUGAUCGACUACCUGUUUCAAGAGCUCAUUCGCCAGCUCAUGAACUCUGCAGUCAACCAACUUUUGGAAUACUUCAUUGGUUCUUCUGGGAUGCCAUUUUCAAAGGAAAAGUUAAAUGAGGGUCUCAUGAAAGCAAGGAAGAUCCUAUCUAGAAUGAUGUCAAGUAGUGAAGAACUCAUUAAUUCUAGCUUAACUGCUCUUUCUAUUCAAAAGUCAGAACAAAAACUAGACACUGAUAUUAAUAAGAUAUUAGGUAGAGGUAAAGUAAAGAAAACUCUGAAGAAAACAUACGCACCAAUAUUUGAGGUAAACCUCUGUUUGAGAGUUCCCGGCGACGGUGCCUCUUCUGAGGACAUUGAAGAGAACAGUCAGAGCAUGGAGCAGCACCGCGAUGAGUCUGUGGUGUAUGAGGAUCUGGAACUGUCAGAAUACAGAAAGAGAACCUCUACUGACAGCCUGCUCAUGAAAUACAGUCAGCCCAGCCAGUUUGGCAUGCUCCUCAAGCAAAUCCUAUCAGGUAGGGAGGUUGACACUGCAUUCGCUUGAAUAUACUCUUAUUUAUUGUUUUUGCUCAGAUUUUCUGAAUUUCCAACAAACCUCUUUCUGCAACCCAACAGACUGGACUUUUCAGAACAAUUCCAAAAUGUGAUAGCAACUAUAGAAAAAUACAUAACCACAAUUAUUCCUCUUCACCAAGAUCCUCGCCUGUUUACCUUUAUUAGUUUGGUUUCAGUUCUGGAUUUAUCUACUCAGAGAGAAAGUGUAAUCAAAUAUAAGAAGCACACCCGAUGGCCGGAUUACCAUAUCCUUUUUGAAACAGAUAAUGACUACCAAAACAACAUUGUGAGUCUGCUGGCUGUUAUUGGUAAUUCAAUGGGCCUGGUUAGCGAUUACAGCCACAAGUUUCUAAAAUUUUGUCACAUGGUAGAAAAAGCCAAAGUCAUGAUUAUGAGAUUGCCAUUUAUGGGGAACUUAACAGCAGCUGAGUUUAAAAGUAUAAUACAGAAGUUCAGAAGCUACCUGGAACAGAUAGUGACUAUGGCUAUUGAGAAGCGCCUGGGAAUCUUUUGCGUGAAAAGUUUGGAUUAUCAAUUAGCAUGCUUACCAUAUGUUGAUAACGUCAUGCAAAUGAGCUACGACCUGAUACGAUCUUCAAUCGAGGGAAAAAACACACAUCUAUUUGAAAUUUUAGAGUCCUCACUGCGCCAGCUGGAAACUGAGCCUGUAGAAGUCGAACAAUUUGUGGAACAUUUUAAUUUUCUGAAUGAUAUUUCCUCGAGUAUACCUCAAUUAGAAAAUGACUUCUCCGUAAUUUCUGAGCUGUAUUCUAUGGUGAGGUAUUACAAGAUUGAUAUUUCAGAAGAGCAGGUUGCCAUCUACAGAAUCCUCUUCAUGAAGUUUAACCAUCUGAAAACAACGAUACGGUUAAUUAUCAAAUAUAAAGAGAUCACCCUAACAAAAUUCAGGAACAGUUUGGAAGCAUAUAUCAUUGGUCUACGAGUAGAUGCAUGUAAUUUAAAAGAUAAAAUAAGAAGUCCCAUUCUGCUCAAUGCCAGUACUCCAGUGUCAACAGCCAAGGAGAUGGUCGCGUCUUUCUCAGAAGAAGCUGCAAUGUUGACUCAAAAAGUGAAAAAAUACUCAUGCUACCAGGCCUACUAUGAUGACACCCAUUCCCUUAACAUCGAAGAGAUCAUUCAGAUUGUGUUGUCCGAGAUCUCUGACAUCGAGUGUGACCUGAUGCUGAGAAAAUUAUUAUGGGAGGCGCAAGAAGAGUGGGGGAUACAUUUCUGGAAAUGGAGACGGUGCACUCUCCAAAACAUCGAUGUCGAUAUAGUGAAGAGAAAUGUCUCCAACUGGCUGCAUAUAAUCAACAUCCUGGAAAAAGGUUUGCCUAAAAUUGAUAUGGUGGGCCACCUCAAGCAAUCAGUGGUAGACUUCAACCAAGAGCUGCCAAUCAUCACAGCGCUGGGAAACCCAUGUCUCAAGCCACGGCACUGGGAGGCUCUGCAGCAGAUCACUGGAAAGUCAACUGUUCUUGAUAAAAACCUCUCAAUUGAGAAACUUCUAUCUCUCAAGAUGUUUCCGUAUGAAAAGAAAAUAAACGAGAUAGCAAUCUCAGCAACUAAUGAAGCUGCUCUUGAGAAGAUGAUGUUUAAGGUCAUCGAUCUCUGGAACACUUCUCCCUUGCACUUGGUUCUUCAUCACUCAGAGGGCUACUCCAUUCCAAUCAUCUCCUCCAUUGACGACAUUGUAGCUCAGCUGGAAGAAUCCCAGGCCAUCCUGGUUGUAAUCAAAGGCUCUUCCUACCAGAGUGCAAUUAAGGAUCUUGUGAGUGAAUGGACUCAAAACAUAACGCUCUUCUCUUAUACCAUUGAUGAAUGGAUGAACUGUCAAAGAAAUUGGCUUAAUCUUGAACCAGUCUUUCAUUCUUUAGAAAUACAAAGACAACUGACAGCAGAAACAAAGCUUUUCUCCCAGGUGCUUUCCAUGUGGAGAGAAAUUAUGUCUCGAGUACUGAACAAACUAAACGCUUUGCAUAUAACUGUCACUACAGGCAUCCUUGACAUUCUGAAAACUUGCAAUGAGCAUCUUGAAACCAUUAAGAAAAGUCUUGAGGAAUUCCUUGAAAUUAAAAGAAUGAUUUUCCCGAGAUUUUACUUUCUCAGCAACGCUGAACUUCUUGAUAUACUAGCCAUCAGCAGAAAUCCUCAGGUGGUGCAGCGUCAUCUUGUGAAAUGUUUUGAAAACAUAAGACACCUGCUGCUGUGGAGACAGGAAAUCGGCCCUCCUGCCGUGAAGAUCCUCAUCUCUGCUGAGGGAGAAGGCCUAGUGCUGCCCAAGAAAAUCCGUGUGAGAGCUGCUGUAGAACAGUGGAUGGUAAAUGUAGAAAAAAGCAUGUUUGAUGUGCUAAAGAAAUUUGUAAUUCAAGGUAUGGAAGACUGGAGCUGCCAGACUUUUUCCAAGUGGUUACUAUCACAUCCAGGGCAAGUGGGCCUCAUUGUGAGUCAGAUCAUGUUUUAUAACGAGGGUACGAAAGCUCUCAUGAGUUCUAAUUCAAGAGAAAAGCUAGAGGCAGUCCACGCCCAGGUGCUGGGCCAUAUGGACGACAUGGCAGGGCUGGUCGCACUGAAUCUCAGCAACCAGCGUGUAAGGAGCAUGCUGUUGGCAAUGAUGACCAUCUAUGUCCACUGCAGAGACAUCACGACAGAUCUGCUAGCUAAGGACAUCUCCAGUGAGGAGGACUUCGAGUGGACGAGACAUUUGCAAUAUAAAUGGGAUGACAAGCAAAAGUUGUGUUACAUAACUCAAGGAAAAACCAGUUUUGCUUAUGGCUAUGAGUACUUGGGCUGUUCCCCAAGGCUGGUGAUCACCCCUCUCACGGAACGGUGCUGGCUAACUCUCUCUAUGGCUCUGUACUUCAACCUGGGAGGCUGCCUUGUGGGGCCCGCAGGCGUGGGCAAAACUGAGACUGUCAAAGACCUAGCGAAAAGCUUUGGUAAACAUUGUGUCGUCUUCAACUGUUUUGAAGAUUUGGAUUAUAAGAUAAUGGGGAAAUUAUUCUUCGGGUUGGUGCAGUCAGGAGCUUGGUGCUGUUUUGAUGAAUUCAACAGGAUCGAUAUAGAAGUCCUCUCCGUCCUCGCCUCCCAGAUCCUGACAAUCAAGAUUGCGAAAGACAGCUAUUCUGUGAGGUUUUUCCUGGACGGUAAGGAAAUACGCAUCAACAUGUCCUGUGCAGUGCUCAUCACCAUCAAUCCCCGAUAUAGAGGUCGAGUUGAGCUCCCGACUAACUUGAAAUCUCUGUUUCGCCCAGUGGCGAUGAUGGUGCCACACUAUAAAAUGAUCAUUGAAGUAAUUCUGUUUUUAUUUGGCUUCAAAUGUGCAAGAUCACUGUCUGGAAAGCUAGUUAACCUUUACGAUUUAGCUGACAAGCAGCUCUCAACACAGGAUCAUUAUGAUUUUGGCAUGAAGACCAUGAAGACAGUGUUAAUAAUGUCAGAGAAGAAGAAACAAGAACAUAAACGUGGCGCCAGCAAGAAUCUCUCAGAAAAUGAGGAAUCCCUGGUCAUCAUUGAGGCCAUUCAAGAAGCUACUUUAUCAAAGCUUCUUCCUGAAGAUGUCCCGACUUUUGAAAAGAUCAUAGAAGAUGUUUUUCCUGGAAUAACAGUUUCAAAAGUGCAUCACUUUGCCUUGGAGAAAGCAAUCGCUAUUGCAACAGAACAAUUAGGCUUUCAACACUGGUCACCUCAGAAAGAAAAGAUCAUACAAUUUUAUCAUCAACUUCAGGCUUGUGUUGGUGUGAUGCUAGUGGGCCCAACGUGUGGAGGGAAGACAACAAUCAGGAGAAUUUUGGAGAAAGCGUUAAUAGCGCUUCCAGUUGCCGAAAUGUUAGUACUUAAAGAGUGGAAAUCUGAGUCAAAGUUUACAGGAAAAAAAGGAAGAGUAGAUGUCUGUGUUUUGAAUCCAAAAUGUGUCACUCUUAGAGAACUUUAUGGAUAUCUGGACAUUAAUACCAUGGAAUGGCGUGAUGGGUUAUUAUCAGCAGCAAUUCGAGAUUAUGUUAGCACUGCAGAUUUCUCCAAGAGAGAGCGUGCUCAUGGACUAUUGUCAGGAAUCGCAGAUAUAUCUAAUAUUUUCCAGGUUGGUUCAUCCUCUACAGCAGAUAUCGACAACAGUGUUUUUAUGAGGGAAGUAGAAAAAGAUGCUAAAAUUCCAGAAAGUCAUAACUUUGAUUGGCAGUGGAUUGUUUUAGAUGGCCCAGCCGACCCCCUGUGGAUAGAAAAUCUGAACACUGUGCUGGAUGAGACGCGAACGCUGUGCCUGGCCAACAGCGAAAGGAUCGUCCUGACUAACAAGAUCAGAGUGUUGUUUGAGGUGGACUCACUCUGUCACACCACCCCUGCGACCAUCACGCGGUGCGCAGUCGUGUACUUGGACCCCGUUGAUCUGGGAUGGGAGCCUUAUGUUAAAUCAUGGCUUGUGAAAACUUCAAGAACCUUAAGUAAACAAGGAAUGGAGUACCUUGGAACAAUGAUGAAAAAAAGUGUUCCAGAAGGGGUCAAGUUUCUGAAAACUCAUAGCAAUUUUCUGUCGUAUCCAGUGCAGGGCUUGACAGCUGUCAUAACUCUGUGCAGGAUUCUGGAAGCUUUGAUUGAAAUCAUGCACUUAAAUAGAGCUACAAAAAGGGGUGAAAACGCGAGUGACACCUCAGCUGAGGAGAAAAAGGCUGUGAAAGUCAAGUUCAAGGACAGCCACUUCAAUAAUGAAAAUGCACGGUUUUUGGAGAAAAACCCCGAGAAGUUAACUCUGAUGCUAGAGAAGAUUUUUGUGUUUGCCUUUACAUGGGCAUUUGGGGGACUUUUAAAACGUGAAGACGAACAUGAAGAUGACAGGCUGUUUUGUUCAAGCCUUGAAUCUAACACCGUCGUGACAGUGACCUAUGAGUUCGACAACCUUGUUCGCGAAGUAUUCGAAGAUGAUUCAGAAAAAGGGCUCAACUUACCACAGGGAACAACUAUAUUUGGAUAUUUUGUGGACUUGCAUCAAUGUGAGUUUAUACCUUGGUCAGAGUUAGUACCUAAUGCUCAGACACUAAUUCAAAAAGGGACGUCGUUGGUGGCUGACUUUCAGGCGUCCACUGAGAACGUGACGAAGCUGAAGGAGUGUGGGGAAUACGUGAACUACACAGCUACCAGAGACACAGUCUGCCUCUCUUUCCUCAUGAGUCUCCUGCUGAAGAAUUCCUACCCUGUGCUCCUCACAGGAGACUGUGGUGUUGGGAAGACAACGAUGAUCAACAAAAUGCUUGAGAAGCUAGAGGGCCGAGGAACAUUUGAUAUUAAAGAUGAGUCCAUUUUAGGAACAGUCCUGUUACAUGAUGAAAUUAAAAAAUCAAGAGGUGCAAGGCGGAGGGAGUCUGCUCCUGAGGGAGCCCUGCAGACCGCCAAUGGAAUCCCCAAGGUGCUCUCCGGCUCCUUCCUGCUUUUCCGCACCGUGCAGAAGAGAGCUGUGGCUUAUCAGAGUGCAAAGAAAGUAGAGGUUAAAAGUGAAGACACCACAGUUAAAACUGAUAAAGGAAUUAUAACCGGUACAAUAACUCUUACCACCAACAUGACGGCCGCCAAUAUGAAGGACUUGAUUCUGCGGAAAUUAGUGAGAAGAACCAAAGACAUUCUGGGAGCCCCGAAGAACAGCCAGAUUAUAGUGUUUAUGGAUGAUUUGAAUAUGCCAAUACCGGAAACAAGUGGAGCGCAGCCACCCCUGGAAUUGAUCAGACAGUUAUUAGAUAUGGGAGGCCUUUAUGAUACUAACCAAAAUUCAUGGAAGGCUAUUCAAGAUUUUUCCAUAAUUGCCGCCUGUACCCCUUCUGCCAGUAGAAAUGAUAUCAGCCUACGUCUCCUCAAACACUUCUCCUUACUGGCCUUGCCUCAUCCUUCACAGAGUGCCUUAGUUACUAUCUUUCAGGCUCACUUGGGAAUGUAUUUCUACGUCCAUAACUUUUUAUCUGACGUUCAGAGAUGUAGAGAUCAGCUUGUCUACUGUUCCCUGGCGAUAUAUUAUCAAGUCUGUAAGAAAAUGUUGCCAACGCCAACCAAAUGCCACUACAUCUUUAAUCUUCGAGACACGUUUAAGCUUCUGCUGGGAUUGAUGCAAGCAGACAGGAGCGUCAUCUACUCCAAGAGGAUGGCUGCUCUGCUCUUAGUUCAUGAAGCCAGCCGAGUGUUUCAUGAUCGCUUAAUUGAACCCAGUGAAAAAAUCCUUUUCUAUCAACUUCUCUCAAAGGAAGUCCAGAAGCAUCUACAGAUUCAGUGGACUCCAGAAUACCUAAUAAAGGACUCAACUGUAUUUGUGGACUUCAUGGACAUAAAUAAAUCUCAAAGAAAAAAGAUCUACCAGAACACCAAUGACUAUGACAAACUUCUCGUCAUACUUAAGGAAUUCCAUCAAAAGAUAGUUUUCACUUCAGUGGAGAUGUCUCAUUCAACUGUAUUCUUCAAGGAAGCCAUACAACAUAUUGCAAGAGCUGCCAGGGUCCUUCGACAACCAGGGAGUCACAUGUUAUUGGUUGGAAUUGAUGGAUGUGGAAAAGAAAUGUAUGCCACCUUAGCCUGUUAUGUGGCAGAAUGCAAACUCUGCCGAGUGCCUAUAGCUCACAACUACGCCAUCUCAGAAUUCAAAGAGAUGCUUAAAAAUAUGUUUAUUCAAGCUGGCUUGGAAGGGACCCCCACUGUUGUCUUGGUUUCCAACUUACAAGAAGAACAGGCAUCAUUUCUAGAAGAUUUGAACUACAUUAUCAGUGCAGGAAAGGUUUCUAACAUGUUUGAAAAUGAGGAGCUGGAUUCUAUUAUUUUGAGAAUUAGAACCUUUGUUGAGCAGCCUGGUUCCAUAGAUGACAGAAAAUAUUUACUCGACUUAUUCCAAAAGAGAGUACUUAAAAAUCUGCAUGUCUUCAUGACCAUGAGUCCAGCAGGAUCUAACUUCCGCUAUAACUGUAGAAUUUACCCUUCUAUGAUUAGCUCCUGCACCAUCAACUGGUUACAGAGAUGGCCAGAUGAGGCUCUCCUCAUUGUGGCCAACUCCUACCUAGAAGAAAAGCUGCACAUAGAGAACAGAGAGAGUAUAAUAAAACAGUUUGCCCCAACAUGCGUCGAAAUCCACAAAAGUAUUAAAGAUUUGAGUACAAAAUACUUUGAGGAAACUGGGAGAUACUAUUAUAUCACUCCCAGUAGCUACUUGAAGUUCUUAGAAACAUUUACUCGCAUUCUGAGGAUGAGACAGGAGGAGAUGGAGACAAAGAGGAAUCGCUUCUACAUGGGACUUUCCAAGAUUCUGGAAGCAACUGAGUUAGUCACAGAAAUGCAGGAAGAGCUGCUGGUUGUCAGCCCUCAAAUAGAAAUAAAAACAAAGGAAAAAGAAGCCCUGAUGGAAAAGCUGCGGAAAGAGUCACACAUAGUUGAAAAAGUUCAGUUGCUUGUGAAGCAGGAUGAGGAGAUAGUGGCUGAAGAAGUAAGGAUUGUGGAAGAGUACGCUCAGAAAACUAGCAACGAGCUAAGAAGUGUGCUGCCCGCUUUAGAGAAGUCAAUUGUGGCUCUGAAUGCCCUGGAUAAAAGUGAUAUUUCUGAAUUAAGAGUAUACACACGCCCGCCCUUCCUCGUGUUGACGGUGAUGAACGCCGUGUGUAUCCUUCUACAAAAGAAACCCAACUGGGCGACGGCAAAGCUGCUGCUUUCAGAUACGGGCUUCCUGAAGAAGCUCGUUAACCUCGACAAGGACAGCAUCCCCGAUAAGGUGUUCAUGAAGCUCAAGAAGAUUUUAAAUGUGGCUGAUUUCAGCCCCAGCAAGAUUGCUCUGGUCUCUGUGGCUUGUUGUUCCAUGUGUCAGUGGGUGAUAGCCCUGAAUAACUACCAUGAUGUGCAGAAGGUGGUGGGUCCGAAGCAGCUGCAGGUGGCUGAGGCUCAGAAAAUCCUUCAAAUUGCAAAGCAAAGGUUGGCCGAAAAGCAAAGAGGUUUACAACUGAUUGAAGACCAUAUGCAGUAUUUACAUGCAACCUUCAAAGAGAUUGUCGCUGAAAAACUUCAACUAGCAAAUCGGAAGAAGGUGGCCACCAGGCGCCUUAAGUGCGCAGCUGUCCUGCUAUCUGUCCUGGGAGACGAGAAGAGUCGAUGGCAAGAAACAAUUGAUGAAAUGGACAGCAAGUUGAAAGGCAUCUGUGGCGACAUACUGCUUUCAUCUGCUUGCAUCGCCUACAGCGGCGUCUUGACGCCCGAGUUCCGCCAGCCCUUGAUACAGAAAUGGGAGGACCUCUGCACUCAGUACAAUAUUACCUUGUCGUCCAAAUUUUCCUUAAUUGAAGUGAUGGCGGAAAAAAAUGAGAUCCGCCGAUGGCACAGUCAAGGGCUGCCUCUUGGUCAGCACUCAGCAGAAAAUGCCAUCCUGAUGAAAUGCACACAUCAGUGGCCGUUGAUGAUUGACCCCCACAAGCAAGCACUCCAUUGGAUCCGUCAAAAGGAAGGGUCCAAGCUGCAAGAGAUAUCCGCUGAAGACAGCAGUUACCCCCGCAAAAUUAAACUCGCCAUGCAAAGUGGAGCCUGUGUCUUCUUGCAGAAUGUCCCUGAAGCAUUCCCUCCCAGCUUGAAGGCGUUAUUAAAAAAGGACAUUUAUAAGAAAAGAGAACAAUGGUAUAUCAGAAUUGAUAAUUCUGAGAUUGAAUAUAAUGAAAAGUUCAGGUUGUACUUAUCUACAGAACUGGAAAACCCCCAUUUUCUUCCAUCAGUUUAUAACUUCGUUACCAUCAUCAACUUCACUGUAACAUUCCAAGGCUUGCAAGAGCAACUCUUAUCUACAGUAGUGACUCAAGUGGUGCCUCACUUAGAAAAUCAGCGUGCCCAGCUACUGGAGAGUAUUUCUAUUGAUUCUGUAACUCUGCAGGAACUGGAGGAUAAAACACUGACCUUACUUGAGAAUACAAAAGGAUGUAUAUUAGAUGCUGAAGAAAUUGUAGAAACCCUAAGAAAAUCCAAAAUCACUUCAAACGAACUUUCGCAGCGUAUCAAAGGAACAAAAGAAGCAGAACGUAAAAUUCAAGCAAGUUGCAAAAACUACCUCCCCAUUGCCACGCGAGGCACACUCCUCUACUUCGUGGUGACCAGCCUCACGCAGGUGAAGUACAUCUACCAGUUCUCCCUGGACUGGUUCCGGCAGAUCUUUGUUUCUUCUACAGUUGCCAAAGACAACAAACAGAAACAAGAUGGGGAACCAGACAACACAUCAGAGGAAAAAGCUGAUGAAGUUUCCCCAAGUACCUCAGACCAGCAGAAUCUGGAAAGCGGGGAGAAUCCCUUAGGCCAGAAUAUUGAAAGUGCAAUAGAAGUGUUGACGAGAAACGUGUUUAAGGUAGUCUCUUCAGCUCUAUUUAAUGAGCAUAAACUCUGCUUCUCCUUCCGGCUUUGCACCACGAUCAUGAGAGAAAAUGCCAAUGAUGCUGUGGCGUUCAAUGACAUGGGAUUUCUAACAGAAGAGGAAUGGAACAUCUUUUUAUAUUCUUCCAUUUUGAUAAAUCUUAAAAAUAUACUAUCCAAGCCUAGACUGAACAGUAUAUUUGAAAUAAUUAAGGAGGAACAUCUUCAGUGGGUGCCGGAGCUGAGAUGGAGGCAGUGUCAGUACAUCGCCAGCCAGAUGGAGCCCUUCUCACUUCUCUGCAGAUCACUCUUGUCCUAUAAGCAGCAAUGGAACACCUUUAGGGACACUAAGGAUGCGUACUCUCUCCUUGACAGGCCUUUCUCCUCAGAAGAGGCUUCACCUCAGCAAAGUUCCACCUCACGAGAGUUGGAGGAACUGCUGAGUGAAGACUGUGACAUACUUGGCCCUAUAACUUUUCCUUGGGAAAACCUAACUCCAUUUCAAAGACUCAUCUUGAUUAAAAUUCUUCGCCCAGAACAUUUAAAGAUUUCAGUCACAAAGUUUAUAACUGAAAAAAUGGGAUGCGAAUAUAUUUACCAGACUGCAUUUAAUCUGAAGGAAUCAUACGAACAGUCCACUGCUCAGACACCACUGAUCCUUAUUCACUCCUAUGGGAUUGACCUCAACAACAUUCUCCGGAGAUUCGCACAAGAGCUGAAAGGAACACCACCACAGGUGAACAUCAUCUCCCUGGGCCGGGGCCAGGCAGCCAAAGCAGAAGAGCUCAUUUUCAAGUCCCUGGAAAAAAAGCAUCAGUGGGUCUUCCUCCAGAACUGCCACCAUGCCACAUCCUUCAUGCCCAGACUCUGCUCUAUCAUAGAGACAUUUAGUAGUCCAGAUAUGACGAUAGAUCCUGACUUUAGGCUUUGGUUAAGCUCAAAAUCAUAUGGGUCUUUCCCAGUUCCUAUUCUCCAGAGGGGUGUGAAGAUUGCUGUGGAACGUCCCCAGGGGCUGAAAAGCAAUUUACUCCAAACGUUUGGCUAUAGCGGGAGUGGAGAGGUGACAGAAGAGAUAUUCGAGAAGGCCGAUUGUGGACCAUGGUGGAAAAAAAUUAUAUUCAGCCUCUGUUAUUUCAAUGCUGUGAUCAACGAGAGGAAAGUGUACGGAACACUGGGCUGGAACAUCCCUUAUAAAUUCAACUCCUCAGACCUGGAGGCCUCCAUCAGGGUGCUGGGUAGUGUCCUCUGUGGCCGGACAGAGAUUCCAUGGAAGGAGCUCAACUGCUUGAUCACAGAAGUGACCUAUGGUGGCCAAGUGACUGAUAAGUGGGACAAUCGAUGCCUGAUGACUCUCUUCUACAAAUUCUGUAAUGCUGACAUUCUGAAGGCUGACUUCACUUUCUCCAGUGAUGAGAUAUACCGCCCAGUGUCCGUCUUUGCAAGCUUACAGGACUGCAUAAACCUGGUCCAGUCUCUACCGGAUGAUGAGUCUCCCGAAAUACUAGGAAUACACCCCAAGGCCAAACACACCUGCAACGAGAGCAGGACCGAGACGUUCAUUGAAAAUCUCAUCACCAUGCAACCAAAAGUGGCCCGGAUCAGCCUCCUGAUCAAUCCUGAGCAGAGCAGCGACCAACUGGUGAUGGAGCUCCUAACUGACAUAAUGGUCCAGCUCCCCGUUUCAGUGGAGAAUGAGGAAGUCAAGGGGCCUGAGGGCCAAGCCACAUUCAAAUGUAUUAUGUCUGGUCCAAUGUGGUUGAAGCUUCAUAAGAACGUCGAAGGCUAUGAUCCCCUCGUCCACUCUGUCUUGAUAACCUUUCUAAGGAAAGAAAUAGACUGUUUCGACAAGUUACUAUCUGUCAUCCACAAAUCCCUAAAGGAUCUUGAAGUUGCCAUAAAGGGAGAGAGCAUCAUCACUGAGGACCUGGAGGAGAUGUACGAGUCUCUCCUCACGGCCAGGGUGCCUAUGCUGUGGCAGAAGAACGCCUACAAGUCCAUCAAGCCCCUGAGCUUCUGGGUGAGCGAUCUCCUCCAGCGGGUGAAUUUCUUCAACACCUGGGCCAAAGUGGCAUACACGGCCAUCAACCAUCGGUACAUGAAAUUUGUCGCAACCUGGAAACAGUCUUCUACAUUGAUCAGCCAGAAAUCCAAACAUGUCCUUGACACUGCGAGCGAAUCCGUGGAUGGAUUUCCGACAAGAUACUGGUUCCCUGCCUUCUUCUCUCCACAGGCGUUUCUUACUGCUGUGCUUCAAGACUACGGAAGGGCCCACGGAACCUCCAUGGAUGGCCUCACUUUCACUCACAAAGUAAUUGUUAACACCGGUGGUGAACAAGAGACUGACUUCUCCUUACUUCUUCAGAAAAGGCUCAACUCAGUCACCAGAGCUUUCCAGGGCAAGGACCGCCCUUCCAAAGGAGUCUAUAUUUUUGGUUUAUUCAUUGAGGGGGCACGGUGGGAUCCCGAACAAGAAGUAUUGGAAGACUCGCUGCCCGAUGAAUUACGCUGUGAUUUUCCUGACAUCCACUUUUUGCCAGAAAAGAUUGCUGAAUCAUCGCAUGCUUCUGACCAGACAGACAGUAUUUACGAAUGUCCAGUUUACCAAACAUCUGAGAGGUCAAGAAAUCUUCCUGGUUUAUCAACAAAUUUCCUAACAUCAGUGUAUUUACCAACAAAGAAACCUCCUAGUCACUGGAUCACCAUGCAGGUUGCACUGCUGUGUGAGAAGAAUGAAUGAAAUAAAUAUCCAAUAUCAAACCAA